AUGAUCGAUAAUUUGAUAAUAUUAAGAAUACAAAGUUAUAAGAAUAAUACAUAAGGAUAUUCAUUUGACGAAUUAAAAUAAUUACCAAAUUUUAGUAUCAUAACUUCACAAAAUAAAAUAUAUUUUGGUUAAGUAUUUAAUGGUCAAAAACAUGGUAAAGGAGUAUUAUUGAUGGAAUAAGAACAUAUUUAUGAAGGAGAAUUCAAUAAUAAUCGUAAGCAUGGUUAAGGUUGGGAGGUUUUUCCAUCUAAAUCAAAUUAUUAAGGACUUUAUGUAAAUGGUAAACCUUCUGGUUUAGGAAAAUUUACAUGGUAAAAUGGAGAAUAUUAUGAAGGGGAAUGGUUUAAUGGUAAUAAACAUGGAUAAGGAACUUGGAUAGGUUUAAAAGGUGAUAUGUAUACUGGAUAAUGGAUUGAUGGUAAACCUAAUGGAAAAGGUUAACAUAAAUGGAUUAAUGGAGAUUAAUAUUAAGGAGAAUUUAAAGAUAGUCUUAAACAUGGUUAUGGUGAAGAAUUAUUUUCAAAUGGUGAUAGAUAUAUUGGAAUGUAUAAAAAUGGAAAACCAGAAGGUGAUGGAGAAUAUUUUUAUUCUAGUGGAGCAUAUUUUCAUGGAAAAUUUAAAAAUGGUCUCAAAACUGGAUAUGGAGAAUAUAAAUGUUCAACAUACUCAUAUAAAGGAUAUUAUAUGAAUGAUAAAAAACAUGGAGAAGGUGAAUUAAUAUAAUCAGAUGGAAUUAAAAAAAAAGGAAUAUUCUUUAAUGAUUUUUAUGAAAAAACAGUUUAAAGAUAAUUUAGUGUUCCUAAUAAUACUCAAUCUAAUAGUACUCCUCCUAAAAAUUAUUAAUAAGUCUGCAUUAAACCACUUUCAUACUUAUCCUCUACUAAACCUAACACUUAAAAAUAAUUACCUUCCCCUCUUAAUAAAACUGUUUUCAUUUAAAGAAAUCAUCUUGAUUUCAAUUACUUUGAAGAACCUUCAAUAAAUCUAUAAAUCUAAACUGGUAGAAAAAAAUUAAAUAGAGAAUUCUAAGAAAGGGAUAUCAAUCUUAAAAUAUAAGAUAAAGUUAUUUCUUAAUAAAAGACUUCAACAAAUGUACAAAGUAGUAAAUCUUCACCAUAAAAUAAACCACAUUAAUAGAAGACAAUCUAUAAAUAAUCCAUUCGUAAACCUUAAGAUUUUUCUUUCAGAUUUGAUACAACAAAAACAACCUUCACUACCAAAACAGGUUUAAAAGGAAAACAAAGCUUUAAAUAUCGAAGUUAUUCCAAAUAUGAUUGA